CUUUUUGUGAUACCGAACACACCCUUGAGGAUUGCUCCUCGAUUCCCUUUUUAUUAGGGUCGGCUUCGCGCAAACUGGAAGCUAACAGGAAAAAUGGCGAUUUUUGGCGGGAAAUUCGUCUGCAGACCGUUGAUUGGCCUUCAAUGUCGAGUCAUUUUGAUUCCCUGGAUGAAGAAGAGUUGUGGCAUUCGCUGCUCCAGCGAUAGCACCAAUAGUUCUUCAUUUCCAGUUAGGUACAUUCCGAAGAAGACUUCCAAGACUGAACAAUCUCAAAUUUCUGCACCCAUGAAAGGUCAUGAGGAAGUAAUAACUAAAGGUCUGGACCACAAUGUAUUGAGAUUUGAAGUGUCAAAUGACUUGACGAGUUUAACGAGGAGUGUCACCUUGGGUCAAAAAUCACAGAGCCAUGUUAGAAGAUCCAUACAAUUCUUAACUCAUGAUAUAAAUCAAGAAGUGGAAGAAGGAAUUGAUUACAAUGAUGGAGUUGUGGAGCGUGAAAGUGUAGAAGAGCCUAAGGAAGAUGUAGAGAGACUGGCUAUUCAUCAGAAUACAAAUUAUUGCAGUGAAGAUGCAUUACAGGCUGGUAAAAAUAGACAAAAUGCAGAGAAGUUGGCAAUUGAAUUACUUGGAACAAGAGCAUUUACAGUCGUUGAACUGAGGAAGAAACUGCUUGGGAAUAAAUUUGCUCUUGAUACAAUUGAUUCAUUGUUGAAGAACUUCCAGAGCAGGGGUUUGAUCAAUGAUACCUUGUAUGCUGAAGCAUUUUCUCAAUCAAAAUGGUCUACCUUAAGUUGGGGGCCGAGGCGGAUCAAGCAAGCAUUGGUCAAGAAGGGAGUGAGUGAAGCUGACGCUGAGAAGGCAAUAAAGUUGGUCUUUCAGGACAAUGAUUCCAGUGGAGAUCAAGAGUCAAGACUAGGCUUGUCUAAAGUCUCUAUGGAUCAUUUAUUUGUUCAGGUCACAAAGCAGUGGCUCCGAAGCCAGGAUGUUACCAAUGAGAAACGAAAAUCAAGGAUUAUUAGGUGGCUUCAGUACCGUGGAUUUGGUUGGGGUGUAAUUGACUUAAUGUUGAAAAAGCUAGAGUCUGAGUAUCCCCAUUAGAUCACAUUCGAUGUAAGCAAGGAUAUGGUUUCUCCUCUUUCAGAUGAUAGAAGAGUUGACGCCCAAGUCACUUCUUUCGCCUCCUAAUGCAAUAUGGUAGAGGGUGGCAUUCCACAUUGGUGGCACUACCAGCCCCAGAGAUAGUUGGCCCUCCAUUGUCAUAAACUGCUUUCUAUGUCAACCUACCCAGUGCCAACUAAGUGCUGUGAGAUGCAGCCCAUAUGACGUCAAAGAAGUUAAAAGGUCUCAACACUUAGACGCAAUUAGUCAGAUCAAUAUCUUCUGUUGAAAUCAGAGUUGUCACCAAUUCUUGUAAAUACAUUGUGUGCUGUGAGAUGCAGCUCAUUUGGCGUCAAAGAAGUUAAAAGGUCUCAACACUUAGACGCAAUUAGUCAGAUCAAUAUCUUCUGUUGAAAAUACAUUGUAUUUGAACACCCAUUUUCUUGUUAGUGCAUUAUCCAGUCACUGAUGUGCACCUGUCCAGCUAAUGGAACAGUUACUGUUUGAAAUGAUGUUCCCAUAUAGUUUUUAUUGGGAAAUUUGCAUGAGAAUGAUUGUGAAAGUGACAUUUUUAUAAAUCGCUAUAAGAGGCUGUUUGUUUCUCAUUGAUUGGACAU